UUCCUUGCUCUCAUUCAGGACGGAGCGGAGUCCUCCGGACAGCUUCAGCAAAGUCAGACUUCUGGGAGUCCUGCGCCAAGGGUUCCGUGCGCACCCCGGGGCACCUUAGAUUCUCCAGUGCAGACCCAGGAUGGGGCCGGGACAGGCAGGGGGCGCGCUUCUGCUGUGGCUGCUAGCGCUCACUCAAGGUAUUUUAAGUUGUCUGGCAUACAAUGUUGGCCUCCCAGGAGCAAAAAUAUUUUCUGGAUCUUCAAGGGAGCAGUUUGGCUAUGCAGUGCAGCAGCUUAUAAACCCACAAGGCAACUGGCUACUGGUUGGUUCCCCAUGGAGUGGCUUUCCCGAAAACCGCAUGGGAGAUGUGUACAAGUGCCCUGUGGACCUACGCACUACCGCGUGUGAGAAGCUGAAUCUGCAAAAUUCAGCAAGCAUCUCAAAUGUUACUGAGAUAAAAACCAACAUGAGCCUGGGUUUGACCCUCACCAGGAAUUCGGGGACCGGCGGCUUUCUAACCUGUGGUCCUCUGUGGGCCCAUCAGUGUGGAAAUCAGUACUACGCAACUGGAAUUUGUUCUGACGUCAGUCCAGACUUUCUGUCCUUGACCAGCUUCUCACCUGCAGUUCAGGCUUGCCCUUCACUUGUAGACGUUGUGGUUGUGUGCGAUGAAUCAAACAGUAUUUAUCCCUGGGAGGCCGUAAAGAAUUUUUUGGAAAAGUUUGUACAAGGCCUGGAUAUAGGACCCAAAAAGACACAGGUGGCGUUAAUUCAGUAUGCCAAUAACCCAAGAGUUGUAUUUAACUUGAACACUUACAAAACCAAAGAGGAAAUGGUUGCAGCCAUGUCUGAGACCUACCAGAACGGCGGGGACCUCACGAACACCUUCCAAGCAAUCAAGUUUGCAAGAGACGAUGCUUAUUUACCAGCUUCUGGUGGGCGCCCGGGUGCUACAAAAGUCAUGGUAGUUGUGACUGAUGGUGAAUCCCACGAUGGGACAAAGCUGAAAACUGUGAUCCAGCAAUGCAAUGAUGACAACAUCCUGAGGUUCGGCAUAGCAGUUCUAGGGUAUUUAAACAGAAACGCUCUUGAUACCAAAAAUUUAAUCAAAGAAAUUAAAGCAAUUGCUAGUACUCCAACAGAGAGGUACUUUUUCAAUGUUGCUGAUGAGGCAGCUCUUCUGGAGAAGGCUGGGACUCUAGGGGAGCACAUUUUCAGUAUUGAAGGCACUGUUCAAGGAGGAGACAGCUUCCAGAUGGAAAUGGCGCAAGUUGGAUUCAGCGCAGAUUACUCGCCUCAAAAUGAUGUGCUGAUGCUAGGUGCAGUGGGAGCUUUUGACUGGAGUGGAACUGUGGUCCAGAAGGCAUCUCACGAGCACUUGAUCUUUCCUAAACAAGCCUUUGACCAGGUUCUGCAGGACAGAAAUCACAGUUCGUUUCUAGGUUAUUCUGUGGCUGCAAUCUCUACUGAAAACGGUGUCUACUUUGUAGCUGGUGCUCCUCGGGCAAAUUAUACUGGCCAGAUAGUGCUGUACAGUGUUAACAAGCAAGGCAAUGUGACAGUGAUUCAGUCUCACAGAGGGGACCAGAUCGGCUCCUAUUUUGGUAGUGUGCUGUGUGCAGUGGAUGUGAACAAAGACACCAUUUCAGAUGUGCUCUUGGUAGGAGCUCCCACGUACAUGAACGACCUCAAGAAGGAAGAGGGAAGAGUCUACCUGUUCACAAUCACAAAGGGCAUCCUGAAUCAGCACCAGUUUCUUGAAGGACCUGAAGGCACUGGAAACGCUCGGUUUGGUUCAGCGAUUGCAGGCCUGUCGGACAUUAACAUGGAUGGCUUUAAUGAUGUGAUCGUUGGUUCACCUGUGGAGAAUGAGAACGCUGGAGCUGUGUACAUUUACAAUGGUCACCAAAGUACCAUUCGCACGAAGUAUUCCCAGAAAAUCCUUGGAUCCGAUGCAGCCUUCAGGAGCCGUCUUCAGUUCUUUGGAAGGUCCCUGGAUGGCUAUGGAGAUUUAAAUGGGGAUUCCAUCACUGACGUAUCCAUUGGUGCUUUGGGGCAAGUGGUUCAACUCUGGUCACAGAGCAUUGCUGAUGUGGCUAUAGAAGCUUCAUUCACUCCAGAUAAGAUCACUUUGCUCAACAAGGAUGCUAAGAUAAUCCUCCAGCUCUGCUUCAGAGCCAAUUUUAGACCUACUGGGCAAAACAAUCAAGUGGCCAUCCUGUUUAACAUGACGCUUGAUGCUGAUGGAUAUUCGUCCAGAGUAACCUCCAGAGGGAUGUUUAGAGAAAACGGAGAACGGUUCCUGCAGAAGAGCACGGUUGUGAACAAAAACAAGAAGUGUUCUGAGUACCACAUUAACAUACAGAAGCCCUCUGAUGUUGUCAACCCUUUGGAUCUCCGUGUGGACAUCAGUUUGCAAAACCCUGGCACUAGCCCCGCGCUUGAAGCCUAUUCCGACCCUGUCCACGUCUUCAGUGUCCCCUUCUAUAAAGAGUGUGGCAGCGAUGGGAUCUGCAUCUCUGACCUGAUCCUGGACGUCCAGCAGCUGCCAGCCAUUCAAAAUCAACCUUUUAUUGUCAGCAACCAAAACAAAAGGUUAACGUUUGCAGUCACACUGAAAAACACAGGGGAGAGUGCAUACAACACUGCAGUCGAGGCUGAGUUCUCCGAGAACUUGUUUUUUGCUUCUUUCUCCAUGCCGGUCGAUGGAACAGAAGUAACGUGCCAGGUUGGUUCAUCGCAGAAAUCUGUUUCCUGUGAUGUGGGAUACCCAGCCUUAAAGAGUGAACAGCAGGUGACUUUCACCAUUAACUUCGACUUUAAUCUUCAAAACCUCCAGAACCAGGCAUCCAUCAAUUUCCAAGCCUUCAGUGAGAGCCAAGAAACAAACAAAGCAGACAAUUCAGUCAGUCUCAAGAUCCCUCUCCUGUACGAUGCUGAACUUCACUUAACCAGAUCCACCAACAUAAAUUUUUAUGAAAUCUCUUUGGAUGAGAAUGUUCCUUCUGUCAUAAACAGUAUUGAAGACAUUGGUCCUAAAUUCGUCUUCUCCCUCAAGGUAACCACGGGAAAUGCUCCAGUAAGCAUGGCAUUGGUGACCAUUCACAUUCCUCAGUACACCAAGGCGAAGAACCCACUCUUGUACCUGACCGGGAUAGAAGCAGACCAGGCUGGUGACAUCAGCUGCGCAGCAGAAAUAAAUCCACUAAAGCUAGGACACGCGCCCUUUCCUGUAUCUUUCAAGAGUGAGAACUUCCAGCAUACGAAAGAAAUGGACUGCAGAACCACCUCGUGCAGCAAUGUCACCUGCUGGCUGAAAGACCUUCACGUGAAAGCUGAGUACUUCAUCAAUGUGACCACCAGAGUUUGGAACAGGACCUUUGCUGCUUCGAGUUUCCAGACGGUGCAGCUGACGGCAGCAGCGGAAAUCGAUACGCAUAACCCUCAGUUGUACGUGAUUGAGGAGAACACUGUCACGAUUCCUCUUAUGAUAAUGAAACCCACAGAGAAAGCAGAAGUACCAACAGGAGUUAUCAUUGGAAGCAUAAUUGCUGGGAUCCUUUUGCUGUCAGCGGUGGUUGCAGGUUUGUGGAAGCUCGGCUUCUUCAAAAGACAAUACAAAAAAAUGGGCCAAAAUCCAGAUGAGAUGGAGGAGACCACGGAACUCAACAGCUAAACCAGCCGCAGACACCACCGCACAGGGGCCAGUGGAAUCCCAGCGAAGGUUCACUAGUGUGGUGGAUGGAUUUCUUUUAAAGUCCACUUUUAAAUACUUUAAUCGGUAAACUAGCCUGAUAAUUUCAGGGUAACUGCUGGUCAGUUGGGAAUGAAGAAGUGGGUAGUGACAAGGGGCGGAAAGACAAAAGACAUUACAUAGAAAGGGAAAAAAGGGACUCUACAGACUGUCUAGUCCACUGUCUACAUUCUACCAGGAAGGUGGGAUGCUUCUAGGGCAUGAAAAAACUUCAAGAAAAUUGUAACGGUUUUCAGAUUUGGGGGUGGGAAAAUGUUAUGGGGAAUGCUUUUUAAUUUAAUUAACAGUGACGAUAAAGUGGAGAGUACCUGGCGUGAAUAUUAUACAUAAUAUAUAUUAUAUAUGUUAUAGAUUAUAAAUAUAGCAUAUAUAAGUAUAUAUUAUAUAACUGACAAAAAUAAUAUUGUGGAUUAUAUAUAUGUAUCAUAUAUGUAUAUAUAAGAACACUGAGUACUUUCCACACACAUAUAAUCAUAUUACUAUUCUAAUAAAUACGAAAGUUUGCUGACAAGAGAGAAAACCAGCAUAGAUUGCUUUUCAAUUUAUGUUGCUCAUCCAAGGUUGCAGCAGAAGAUACUUUUAAGUGAUAAUCUUAUUUAUAAACUAAGUUAAAAAAAAAAAAAAGUCCUGCUAUUGUAGGACAGUAAUCUCAGCUACUCAGGAAGCUGAGACAGGAGUUGGGAGUCCAAGGUCUCCCUGAGCUUACAGUGAGUUCAAGGCUAUCCUGGACAAUUUACGGUUUUAGACCCUGUCUAAAAGGAAAAGAUGAAUGAUGGCUGGGGCUUAGCUUAGUGGGACCUCUUAAAACAAUUGGAAAAACAAACACAAAAACAAAAACGUGUGCUUUCCUUCGGCCCCUGACUGUCUCUUCUGAGUCAUAUCCUAUUAUAAAUAUGCUUGAAUAACCAAGGGAAAUACACACAUACACAUACACACACACAUACACACACGCACGCACACACACACUAUAUAUAAACACACAUAUUGAAUAUUUGCAGAUAAAUAUACCAUCUACUAAAGAAACCUCCAUAAACCUUAAGCUGGAAGAGGUUUAAAAACCAAGGCACCAAAAUUUACUUGUAACCUAUAAUAUAACAAUUUAUAGUCUAACUGUCUGCUAGGGGUCAUUCCUUUUAGGAAUCUUCUAAUCGAUGAGCUGUCUGGGAGAUACCUAGUGCAUUUGCCAAGGAUGAACAAUUUCUUCCACAAACUGCCUCCCUUACCUUUCCCCUUUCCUGCUGCCCUAAUGGCAGAAGGCCCAUGCAGCCUUGCCUUUCUCUCCUGUAAUUAUCCACUUUCCUUUACUCAACACCCACGGCUCCGACACCAUGAAUCCCAACCUCCCAACCCACCCAUGCCUACACACACCCCAAGUAUUAGGAUGAGAGUAUCUCCUGUUUCAUUCACACACCUGUGUUACACACUCCUUAACUUUAGGGAGUUUUCAUUUGCUGCUAAACAAGAAAACUGAACCUGAAUUUAUAGCUGUAGAUACACACACACACACACGUGAAAAUGGGACAGCUCAGGGAUUUGUAAGUUGGAGCAGCAGCAGAUACCACUAGCUUAGAAGGGCCACCCUCUGUGCUGGAUUUAGGCAGGCAAAAAAUGUUCAGCCCUAACUGUUGAAACUCUUACAGGCUGCCAGGAAGCCCAACACCCAGUCCUUGUGAUGUAAGCAGUUCUUUUAGCACUCGUGUGGAGUCACCGUGCCACUCUAACCAAAAUUUUAUUUUAAACAGUGGAGAAAACAGUCAUUAGGUUGCUAGAGAACACUUCACACGCUAGGCUAACCUACACACACACACACACACCCAGUUUCUUUAUUGUACGGCCUCCCUCUCCAACAGGCAGUAAACUAGGGUUAUCUACUAUACACAUAGGCUUGAGACCUCUAGCUAGCCUUGGCUUAUGUCAUCAGCCCUGAUUAGUCUAUAAGGGGUAAGAUGCUGGCUUACAACUAAGACUUAGACACAGACUAUAACCCAUUUCUCUUUCUCUCUCACACACAUGCACGCACGCACGCACGCACACACACACACACACACACGCACAGCCCAGGGUUUGUGAGCUUUAGCCAUAUUGUCAUUUUGGAGCAGACAGUUUUAGGAGGGAAGGGGCUGUCUCGGGCCUUUUAAGCAGCCAUCCCUGGCCUCUACCUACUCAAAGACAGACUUCAUCUUCCACCACGACCCUGACAAUAACAAAUAUCCCGCCUUUGCCAAAUGACUCUUUUUUUUUUUUCAAGAAAUUUUAGGCAAAGUAUUUUUAAAAAAUACUGGGGGGGGGGGGAGAUCGAGUAGGUGGAGUUUGCAAGGAAUUUAUGUGGUCCAUUGAACGAUACCUCUACUUUAAAAGUAAGUAUGGGACUCAAAAGAUGUCAGGUUAAAAAUUCCAUUUCAUAAAUGGUAGAUCACAAAAUGUGAUCUUAAAACCUGAGUCACUUCUUGCAUGGUCAGCACACAACUCUAUAAAUAGCAGCAAGGUUAAAUAGUGUAAUAAAGAAACCAGUCUCAUUUAGAAUUAUGCAACACUCAUUUGAGCAGCAAACUAUGAAUGCGUAACUGGACAAAUGUUUUUUUAGCUAGCAGUGUUGUUUUUAUACAUCAGUGAAACUUGCCUUUUUAACUGUGAAGAAUAAAGAAAACUAAAGUCAACUUAGGAUAGUCAUGUAAGUGACUACUCUAAAUUAUUAAAUACAAUGUUAUACUGUGUCUAUCCCGACACAUAGCUGAACCCAGCAUGUGAAAAUCCCAUUAAGAUUUCAUUAAACGGAAGGCAGGAUUCUCAGCCGAGCUCCCUCAUCUAGAUUCUACACACGGUCUCCUGGGACUAUGCCCUUCAUGUGUUUCCUGGAAGCUCAUUUUCAUCAACAUGAAAGGGUAAACAUCCAGGGGUAAAAGAUAAACACGGGGGUAAAGCUGGAAGUAAAAUAUUUACUACUUUGAGUUUUAAUGUAUAAAGAUGUAGUCAUUGUGUAAAUAUAUAGAUUGUAUUGUUUGUACUUGAUUUUGGCAAAUGAAGCCAAAAUGUAAAUGUAUAUAUUGGACAACUGUAUUAGAAUUGUCUAUUUUGUAAAGAGGAAAUUGUCUUAUUUCCUUUACAUGUGAUGAGUAAUUAUAGUGAGAGGUAAUGUUUGCUGGUCCUAAUUAAAUGUGUUUUGUCCUCCAUCAAACGUAUAUAAGAUGAAUGUAUUUGUUUGUACACCAACUUGGUGAAUUUAUCUGACUUCUUAGAAACAAUCAAAUUGUAGUAAUUGGCAUAAAUAAAAGCCUUUUCUGAUAUCAAAGCACAAAAACCAGACAGAAAAGUUUUUAUUUAGUUGUCAGUCAUCCUUUUCAUGUUGUUAAAUAUCAUUAAAAUUGUUUUUGAAAGUUAA